AUGAGUAUAAACGAAAUACGACCGAAAAAGGUAAACCAAACAAUCGGCAUUCUUUCGGAGAAUCAGUCAAUGCCUUCAAAGUUUAUUACGCUGGUUCCAUUAACAUGUUCGUCGCCCAGUGCGAUUCGGUUCAGUUUCUCGCUAGGCCCAAAUCCGACACUCGGAGCGCCAGAACGUAAACAAGUAAGUGGGAACAGCAACCAUGCAACUCGAGUAGGCCCGUGCGUUGUCGGUGACAAGAUGCAGAAUCUUCGAUCCAUUAUAAGAUGGCGUAAGAGUAUAAUUGAAAGUGAGGAGAGUAAUGAUGACGAAGUAGUGAGUCAUAGAACAAAAGUUAUAAAUAGAAUUUCAUCGAGUUCAAACUCGGAAAUUGAGGAACCAUAUGCAAAUGAAGACCUUGACGACAUGUUGGAAGAACGUGCUAUAUACGAAGAAGAGGAACUGAACUUUGUUGAUGAUUCAUUGGACAAUAUUGAAACAAAUUCGCUAACAGGCAACUGUCACUUCCGUUCACCGGAAAAAGUGGGCUUCUGA